GGACGAUAUUGGAUCACCUCAUAACAUGCGCAUGCGUCUAAACAGUUAUGAACGAUGGUGGGGAAUACCCGGCUGUGGUAGGGGAAUACCCGCGCAGGUAGAUAAAACUUUCAUGUCAGAAUGAAGUGUAGUCACUCUUUUGCUGUCGUCCAAGGAGGCAACAAUAUCGGUCCCGACAUCCUGCACACUGUUCCUCACACAGCUAGCGGGAUCACUAUUAGUUGUCUUGAGGCUUACAGGACCGAGUUUGAAAACGGAUAAAAUCCAACAUGGCUGAUCACCUUUCCUUCCUAGGAUGUGGAGUACUGCUUAUUUGGUAUAUUGCCGAAUCGAGCUGUAAGCCGACUUGUGGAAAGGAGUUGUACCUCGAUGAGGCUACAGGCAACUGUGACCAUUGUAGUGAUAUCUGUCAACACGCUGUAAUCCAGAAAACAGUUGACAAGUGCCACAACAAGUGUCCAGGUUACCUCGAGGCUGUCAACGAAAGGCCGUGCCUAUCCACGCAGUACUAUGACGUAGUAGUUGGGCGAUGCGAGGAGUGUGACGCGUUAUGCAGACACGCCCAGCAGACAGGCCAACAGGAACAGUGCAACCGACAUUGUCCAGAAUGGACAACUGCAAAUGUUUAUGGCAUUAGUGCAACUACCUUCACGUCAUAUUAUGCAAACGGAUCAACAGAGCCUGAAGGACAUACGUCAGUAGGCAGUCGUCAUAAUAUUCCGCUGAUUGUCCUCGGAAGCUUAGCUGUGGUAGUUGCUGUUGUAAUGAUGGCCAUUGUGAUACACAAGAUAAGACCUGAACUGUCCAGACGAAUUACCCACAGACUGACCAAGGCAAAAUGCACCAAGAGUGGGACACAAGAGCACGGGCAGGCACAGGAGGAAAUGCAGAGAUUAAGUGUUCCUGAAAACGAAAGACCCUCGCCUCCUGCACCUGACCUAAACACAUAGCUGUCUGCAUUGUCAACGCUCAUUCAGCUGCUGAUCAGCUGUUGUAGCAGUCUGACAUUGAUAUGACUGACUGAUUUGGUGACAGUGUUAUACGCAGUGAUAAGAGCGCACAAUAUUCGGUGCUGAAAAUACACAGGGCAAGAUUCAACACUUCCUCGUCAUGGCGCAGAAUCAUGCCUAACAUCCGAGAAAGGAUUAGAAGGAGAGAAUAUCUCUGGAUAAAGGCCUCGUUGUUGUUCAAGACCGCCCCAAAUCCAAUAACCUCUGUUACUUUGUAUGGUCAAUGUCCCCAAAAUGGAAAUGCAACUCAGGCUUGAAAAAAGUGACCCACGAUGUUUAUAUGGCGGUAUUACCAAACGAAAGUAACCCAAGCAAUAUAUAAUUUCUGACAGGUCUUUAACGCGAGGACAAGUCAAACGGUGUAAACGUGCUCUACAUGUACAUGCUAUUGUAUAACUAAUCUACCUUUGACACGAUUGCCAGUCAAACGGUAUACAGAUGCACUGCAUACAUACGAUUGAUA